GUAUGACAACAAUAUAAUCACUUAAUUUAUUUAGAGGAAUGGAUUGAGACGUCCGCAAAUUUACAUCAUCGUUUGUUUACUUAAUGAUGCUAUUAAGCGGGGAUAAGUUUGUUUACAUUAAGCUGUAAACAAUCAAUAUUUUCCUAUAAAUAGGAGAAUUCUGUGAAUUUCUGUUAACUAAAACCAAUUUCAAAAGCGUUUUCAUUUAUACAUUUUUUGUUUCGCAAACACCGUUAAACAAGAAAGGCAAUACCCGACUUUUUAACAACACUUUUAUACUCACAUUCAUACGCAUAAGCAUACGCAUAUAAGAGUUACACAAACAAGGUCAGGGUUAGAAACAUCUGCUAAGAUGCUCGACUUUGAUUUAUUUACCCUUGGUAUUUUUGCUGAGGAAGAACAAGCCGUGUCUAAUCCAUGGAAAGACAUCGCUUCUUCGAUUAGAAGUCAAGCCAUUAUAAACGUGUCUUCGCUAUUCACUAAGAGUUUCUCAUCCAAUGAAUCGCAAUGCUGCAAUUGUCAAAAGCAAGGUAAUCUUCCUUCUGGCGAAACCGUCGAGAAGCCCAAAAACCGCAAGCAUAAAAAGAAAGAAUCUCUUAAAGCAGUUUUACCUAAGAGAUAUUCUGUCGCCGCAAGAUUUUCUGCCGGAGCGGCAAGUUUCGUUCUUCUCGAGAAGAAGAAAUCGAGCAAAAAGUCCAAGCCCGAUUGUAACUCUACAAGUAUUUUUGAAAGUAUACUUACGAGGCUUUUCACGACUGGACAGACACCAUUGCAACCAAAUUACGUUAUGGUCCCGUCCUUAAAUUUCUUGAAUCCUGGAGUUCCUCAGAGUGGAUAUUUUUUUAAUCGAUCACUUGUACCAGAGACUACGAGCAUGACCACAGGGAGUCAAAGUCCAUCGUCUCCAAAGGCUGGACUUGUUUCAGCAAGCCCUGAUAAAUCAACCAGAGUCUUAUUCCGACAGUUAAAGCGUGCUUUACUUUCAAGUGACGCUAAAAGGCCACGACCGAAAUGUUUGAAAAGAGAUAUAUCUCAUAAGAAAGAAAACAGUAACGAUAACACGGUUAAACUUAUCAUCGGCGAUGUGUCAAGAUUACCUUCGCAAACGGUAUCCGCAGAAUCGGUGAUGGAGACGGAGACGAAACCUGCUGAAGAACCUGUGGACAAAGAACGAGCUGUAAAGCUAGCGGCAAUUAAGCAAAGAGUUGCCCGCCUGCGAGAGGAAGUCCACAAAGAUGAUGCUGAAAUUGCUGCACACCCAAGAAAGAGGAUUUCGGAACCAAGGAGUGUUGUGAAAUCAUCUACUCACCAAUCAAAUAUAGUGGAAUCUACAUUGAAAGAAAUGGACAAGCACUCAGCUGGUGAAUAUAAAAGGGAUUUAACCACACAGGAAGUCGUUAACAUUGGUGAGAAGAGAAAUGCAUUAUUCGUGCAACUAAAACAGACUAUAAAUUCUAGGAAAAACGAAACUGAUACCUCUUCAACUGCACCCAUUCCUGUCAACGAGCUGAAGACAACCUUAAAGCCGGUAUCAAAACCGGUGGAAACCGAACUAAAUUCGAAAUCUAAUACUAAGAAACCGACCCGAAACACAGGCUUUGGAGUGGCUUUAAAGCGAGUUGAAACAAAUAUAACCAAGGCACCUGAAGUUUCCGAAUCUCAAACGCUAAUUGAUGUCAUUGCUGAACGCAAAGAGCAAGCGAAGCAGGAACGCAUUGCUCGCCUUAAAGCUAGGGUCGCAGAAAUGCACUCAAGGGUGACAGGCGAAAUCGGCUCACUGAACAAGGGUAAAGAAGAACGAAAAGAAGCCCGAAGAGCGGCCGCUGCUGAGGAGGAGGAAAUUAAGAAGUCACUAAAAAAUGGUCAAGUGAAAACGGACAAAACAAUAUCAUCCAACGAAUCAUCAUCGGAUAAUGCCCGUAUGGAUAAAACAAAUGUUAAUGAGGAGAACGAUACAAAGCUUGACAAUCAGGUUAAAGCUCUUGCCAAUGAUGUCAAUGACUACAUCAAAAGUUUAGAUGUUGACACUAAAAACCACUGAAUAUUGCGGCAGCAAAAAUAAGGGUAAUUGCAUAAAUCAUGUGUUAGUAGGUUAAUUAAUUAAUAAAAUAAUUAAAAAUCAAAUGACUAUGAAAUGUAUACUCAUAUAACGAACGCUUGUGUUUAUAAAUUAAG